AAAUUCAUGCUGAAGUGCAACUGAAGAAUUAUGGAAAAUUUCUUGAGGAAUACACAUCUCAGCUGAAGAGAAUCGAAGAUGCUUUGGAUGACUCUGUUGGAGAUGUUUGGGACUUCAGUCUUGAUCCCAUUGCAUUAAAGCUUUUGCCCUAUGAACAGUCCUCCCUCCUGGAACUCAUAAAGACAGAGAACAAGGUUCUAAAUAAAGUAAUAACUGUGUAUGCUGCUCUUUGCUGUGAAAUCAAGAAGUUAAAGUAUGAGGCAGAAACUAAAUUUUAUAAUGGCCUCUUGUUUUAUGGAGAAGGAGCCACAGAUUCCAGCAUGGUGGAGGGAGAUUGCCAAAUACAAAUGGGAAGAUUUGUUUGUUUCUUGCAGGAGCUGUCUUGCUUUGUGACCCGAUGUUAUGAAGUGGUGGUGAAUGUAGUGCAUCAGUUGGCUGUUCUGUAUACCAGCAACAAGAAUGCGCCUAAAAUUAUAGAGACCUCUGGAGUUCAUUUUCAGGCAAUGUAUGAACAUCUAGGAGAGUUGCUUACGGUCUUGAUCACUCUAGAUGAAAUAAUUGACUACCAUGCCACACUGAAAGAUCAUUGGACCAUGUAUAAGAGGCUACUAAAAUCUGUCCAUCACAACCCUUCGAAGUUUGGGAUUCAAGAGGAUAAACUGAAGCCAUUUGAAAAGCUGCUUUUAAAACUGGAAUGCCAGUUACUUGAUGGAAUGAUAUUUCAGGCCUGUAUAGAGCAGCAGUUUGAUCCUGUCAAUGGUGGAGUGUCCGUGUCGAAGAACGGCACAUUUGCUGAAGAAUUUGCUCAUACACUUCGCACGGCUUUCUCCAGUGUCGAAUCUAAACUUGGUGAACCUUCAGAGAUUGACCAGAGGGAUAAGUAUGUGGGGAUCUGUGGCCUCUUUGUACUGCAUUUUCACAUCUUUCGGACCGUGGACAAGAAGUUUUACAAGUCAUUGUUGGAUGUCUGUAAAAAGGUACCAGCCAUUACAUUAACAGCUAACAUCAUUUGGUUUGCUGACAACUUCCUGAUUCAGAAGAUCCCUGCUGCUGCCAAGCUUCUAGACAAGAAAAGUUUCCAUGUAGUUAAAACACAAAGGGAGAACUUCCUACAGCAGAGGGCACAGUCACUUACCAAAGAUAUGCAGUCAUACUAUGUUUUUGUGAGCUCGUGGAUGACAAAAAUGGAGUCUAUCUUAUCGAAGGAGCAACGCAUGACCAAGUUUGCUGAAGAUCUCUCCAACCGCUGCAAUGUCUUCAUCCAGGGUUUUCUUUACGCAUACAGCCUUAGCACCAUCGUGAAAACUACAAUGAACCUUUAUAUGUCAAUGCAAAAACCUAUGACCAAAACCUCAGUGAAAGCUCUGUGCAGACUUGUGGAACUUCUGAAGGCGAUAGAACACAUGUUUUACCGGAGAAGUAUGGUUGUGGCAGACUCUGUGACACACAUCACUCAGCAUCUGCAGUAUCAGGCUCUUCACUCCAUUGCUGUAGCCAAGAAAAGAGUAAUUUCUGAUAAAAAGUACAGUGAGCAGCGCCUGGAUGUCCUCUCUGCUCUGGUGUUGGCUGAGAACACCCUUAAUGGACCUAGCACAAAACAGAGGCGACUGAUUGUUUCCCUUGCACUAAGCGUUGGAACACAGAUGAAAACUUUUAAAGAUGAAGAACUCAUUCCCCUUCAGUUAGUUCUAAAAAAGCUAGACUUGAUCAGUGAGCUUACAGAGAGAGUUCGAGCACAAUGUGACUGUUGUUUCUUGUACUGGCAUCGAGCAGUCUUUCCAAUCUAUUUAGAUGACGUGUAUGAAAAUGCAGUUGAUUCUGCUAGACUACACUAUAUGUUUAGUGCCUUGAGGGACUGUGUACCUGCUAUGAUGCAUGCAAGGCACUUGGAGUCUUAUGAGGUGCUGCUGGAAUGCUAUGACAAAGAAAUCAUGGAAGUGCUCAAUGAGCACUUGCUGGACAAGUUAUGUAAAGAGAUAGAAAAAGACCUGCGCUUAUCAGUUCAUACACACCUAAAGCUGGAUGACAGAAACCCCUUCAGAGUUGGUAUGAAGGAUCUAGCUCACUUCUUCUUCCUGAACCCAAUACGUUUUUUCAACCGAUUCAUUGACAUAAAAGCUUAUGUAACUCACUAUUUGGACAAGACCUUCUACAACUUAACAACUGUAGCUCUUCAUGACUGGGCUACCUACAGUGAGAUGAGAAACCUUGCAACUCAGCGCUAUGGUUUAAGUAUGACUGAGGCACAUCUUCCCAGCCAGACUCUGGAACAGGGUCUGGAUGUUUUGGAAAUCAUGAGAAAUAUCCAUGUUUUUGUAUCCCGCUACCUCUACAAUCUGAAUAAUCAGAUCUUCAUUGAAAGAACAAGUAAUAACAAACACUUGAACACCAUCAAUAUCCGACACAUUGCCAAUUCGAUUCGAACUCACGGAACAGGAAUCAUGAACACAACAGUAAAUUUCACUUAUCAGUUUUUGAGGAAAAAGUUUUACAUUUUUAGCCAGUUCAUGUAUGAUGAACAUAUCAAAUCCAGGCUUAUCAAGGACAUCAGGUUCUUCAGGGAAGUCAAGGAUCAAAAUGAUCACAAGUAUCCCUUUGAAAGAGCAGAUAAAUUCAACCGUGGCAUCAGGAAACUUGGAAUGACCCCAGAUGGCCAGAGCUAUCUUGACCAGUUCAGACAACUCAUAAGUCAAAUUGGUAACGCUAUGGGUUAUGUACGGAUGAUAAGAUCUGGUGGACUUCACUGCUGUAGCAGUGCAAUUAGGUUUGUUCCUGAUCUGGAAGAUAUUGUUAACUUUGAAGAGCUGGUGAAAGAAGAAGAACUCUCAGAAGAAACCCAAAAAGCAGCAAGACAGUUGGACUCUGUCCUCAGUGACCUCACCCGGAACUUUGCAGAAGGAACAGAGUACUUCAAGAUGCUUGUGGAUGUGUUUGCUCCUGAAUUCCGCAGCCCGAAGAACAUGCAUUUGCGGAACUUCUACAUAAUUGUUCCCCCUCUGACCCUCAAUUUUGUAGAACAUUCAAUCAGCUGCAAGGAGAAACUGAAUAAGAAGAAUAUAAGUGGAGCAGCUUUCACUGAUGAUGGGUUUGCCAUGGGUGUGGCUUACAUUCUGAAGCUUUUGGAUCAGUACCAGGAGUUUGAUUCUCUGCACUGGUUCCAGUCUGUUAGAGAGAAGUAUGUGAAGGAAAUCAGAGCAGUAGCUAAGCAACAGAACGUGCAGUCCACUAAUCAAGAUGAAAAACUACUACAAACGAUGAACCUCACUCACAAACGACUGGAAGUUUGUUUACAGGAAUUUGAGCUCCUUUAUUUCUCACUAAGUAGCGCAAGAAUUUUUUUCAGAGCAGAUAAAACUGCAGCAGAAGAAAGCCAGGAAAAGAAAGAAAAAGAAGAAGAAUCUGGUAAAGCAAACAAUGGAGACCUUUCCAACCCUACGCCUGCAGAGCCUGUUGUGAAAUGA